AUGGCGGAAAAUGAAACCCUAGUUGAUCCUCAUCCCUCUAAAGAAGAAGAGGCUACACAUGGAAACGAAGAACAUAUGCCCGACGUUCAGAAACCUAGUGACUAUUCUUAUUCCGAGUCCGAUUCUGAUUCCGAUGACGAAACACAAGCGAAGGCCCAAACUGAAGCUGUAGAAUUGGAGCUCUACAAUAAUCCAUCGAAUUACGAUGCUCAUGUCCGAUAUAUUAAACUUUUGAGGAAGCAAGGGGACAUAGAUAAGCUGAGACAAGCAAGGGAGGCAAUGAGUGCGUUGUUUCCUUUAAGUCCUGACAUGUGGCGAAAUUGGGCUAAAGAUGAGAUUACCAUGUGCUCUGGGAUAGUGAAGCCAAACAAGAAUCCAUCUUUCCUUUAUGAAGUUGUAGAUGAUUGGGUGACUCCUCGUCUUCAAGAGUUGCAGCUAUUCAAAUUGCAGCAGGAGAACAAAACUGUUGGUGCUCCAACACAUGAGAGAGAAAAUCCAGUUAGGAAAAAUGCAAGGGAAAAGAGAAAGCCAGUUUCAAGUUCAAUGGAUGAGCAGCCUCCUGCAAAACGUAGGAAAGAUUUGGAUCAGAAAAAUAAGAAAGCAUAUGGGAAUGAUAGAGGUCAGGGAAGACACUUGGAUGAAGCUAAUGAAGUUGCCCUAGUACAUGACAGCAAAGCGGACAGUGUUAGCACUAAGGAAACGAAGAAUCAUUCUCCUAUAAAACCUGUAAUAUAUAAUGACAAAUGCACUGCCUUCAUAUCUAACCUCAGCCUUCAGGCAACUGAUAAGGAUCUACGCAGUUUCUUUAGUGAUGUUGGAGGAGUGGUUGCUAUUCGGAUAUUAACUGACCAGGACAAGAGAUCAAGGGGGUUGGCAUAUGUGGAUUUCUCCGAUGAUGCAUACCUGGCUGCAGCUGUGGAGAAGAAUAAACAAAGUUUACUGGGCAAGAGAUUAGGCAUUGCAAGGUCAGAUCCCCAGCGAGGCAGAGGGGAAAAAACUGCUGGGUGUAGCUCUAAGUUUGACCGAGGGACUGCUGAUAAUCGAAGAAGUAAUGCAGGGGAAACUGCUGAGACUUCCGGAGUGAGAAGGGGGCCUCAAGCCACAAUCUGCCAGUCAGAGGCGUGGGGAUGA